UAAUUUAGCAAACAAAUAAAACCCUAAACUCAAUCAAAAUCAAAUAUAUUUAAAAAAAAAAAAGACAACAAAAAAUACAGGCGAUGGCAGUUUGCCCUUUGUAACAGAAACAAGUUCAAAGUAGCACUGAUCUCAACACAGCCGGACCCCCCUCGUCGGAAGUUAGGCAGAGUGAGUUUCUUGUUUCUCUAGAUGGGUGCUCCGAAGCAGAAAUGGACAUCAGAAGAGGAAGCGGCACUCAAAGCUGGAGUUGUCAAGCAUGGGGUGGGUAAAUGGCGUACAAUACUUAAGGAUCCUGAGUUUAAUUGUGUCUUAUUUCUGCGCUCAAAUGUUGAUCUCAAGGAUAAAUGGAGAAAUUUGAGUGUGAUGGCAAAUGGAUGGACUUCCAGGGAGAAGUCUAAGGUGUCAAUCAAAAGGGUGCACCAUCAUGGAUCAAAAUAUGAUGAAAACUCUCUGGCUGUCAUUCCUGCUAGUCCAAGUGACGAUGAAAUUGUUGAUGUUAAGCCCCUUCAAGUUUCAAGGGAUAUGCUCCAGAUUUCUGGUCCGAAAAGGUCUAUUGAAAGAUUCAGAUUGGAUAACCUUAUCAUGGAAGCUAUAUCUAGCAUGAAUGAGCUUGGUGGUUCUAAUAAAACGACUAUUGCUUCUUUCAUAUUGGACCAUUAUUAUCCACCGGCAGACUUCAAAAAUCUAUUGUCAGCAAAACUGAAGUAUCUUGCAUCUAGUGGGAAACUGAUCAAGGUUAAACGUAGGUAUAGGAUUGCACCUACCCCAGCAUACUCUGACAGAGGAAGACACCCACCCAUGUUAUUAUUGGAAGGGAGGCAGAAAGGCUCUAUGAAAUUUGACAUUGAUGAUACCAAUAUGCCUUCACAGUCUGAGAUAGAUUAUGAGUUAGAAAAGCUAAGGUCCAUGUCUGCAGAAGAGGCAGCUGCAGUUGCUGCUCGAGCAGUUGCUGAAGCGGAAGCUGCCAUAGCGGAAGCUGAAGAGGCGACAAAGGAAGCAGAGGCUGCAGAAGCAGAUGCAGAUGUAGCGCAAGCUUUUGCAGAUGCUGCAUUGAAAUCAGUGAAGGUGAAGAAGACCACCCCAAAGACGAUGAUCCCUGCUUGAUUGAAGUGUGAAGACUGAAACAUUAGGAGCGUGACAACAAGAUUCAUAUUUAAUCAUUUGGUGGCAUUUUCGACAUCUUACAUAAAUUAUUCAUGGAAAGUUGUUCUAUGCAGGUUUAGCCUUUAUCAGAAGAUUAUUGUGAAGAAAUAGACUUUGUUUGAAAUGUCCUUGUUGUAGAUGUAAAUAGAAUAAUGUUUGAGUCUUUGUUGUAAUUUCUUGAGAGCGGUUCUUUCCAUUGCUCUCUGUGCCAGUAUACCAUUUUGUACUAAAAAAAAUAGAUGUUUAGAUGGAUGGGAAUCCAUUCAAAUUUCUGCAAAAGCAUAUAGCUUUACAAGCCCAUCUUUUCAAAUAAAAAGCCUUUUGAUGGAACAAA